AGCUGUGCCCCUCACGUUAUGGGAUUUCUGUGCAUGUGCAGCAGGGUGAGUAGUGGCUGCUGGGCUAACGCAUGCGCACUGAGACCCUCCACUAUUAAAAACAAGCAGAAGACGAUACUGAGCAACGCUACUGUAGUUGCUAUGCAACCGGAGCCGCGUCGCCUGCCUGUGUGACAAUGGCUGAAAGAAGUUGUGAUAAAAAGGUCCGUCCGUCGCAGACCGUCGGCUCUCAGCCCAAGAAACGCCCUUCGUCUAGCAGUAAGGCUGAGAGGUCCAAGAGGGAUGAUGUAAGACAGCAGCUAAAAUCUGCCUCUGGUCCAACAAAGCGCACAGAUGACCUUCUUGCUAAAGAAGAACAAUACAAACUCUUGAAUGCGAAGCUGGAAGCCAAAACUGCAGAUCUAGUAAGACAGGCAGAGCAACUUAUGAGAGAACAGAGUGAAGUGCUGUCAAAACCCUUAUCCACCCUCCUGCUCAAAGACAUUGAGGAUGAAGAGGAUUCAAGGAUAAUAAAGCCUCAUCAGUGUGCUGUGCAGGCGCCCGGUGUGAAGGUGGUGACCAAAAAAAGGGUCACAUUAACAUCAAAAAACAUGGGUGCAGGAAAACAAGGAAAAGAGCCUCGCAGUAAAACACCAACUCCUGGAGUGUUUCAUGUGGAUAAUUCAACAGCUGUAGAAGACUCGACUGACUUUUUCCUGGCAAAGACGAUCCGUAGCAUGGAGGAGAAAAUGAACGACACCGUGACUCAUGAAAGUGUUGUGGAUGAUGUGUCUAACGCUGGAGACAACGUGGGAUCAGGCAUUUCAGACGCUCAAAUACGCGUUCUGAAGGCAAAACUACGGAUUAUGCAAGAGGAACUGGAUCAACUGUCAUGUGAAUAUUACAAGAAGGAUGAUGAAAACGCCAAGCUUUGUGCAAAAAUUAAGGAGCUCGAGGAAGAUCGAGCCAGGCUGCAGAAAACAACAGGCAUCCAGCAAACACAGAUUGAGAAGCACAGAGCUUUAGUGGAGGAGUCGGGCAAAAAAUGUGAAGGUCUUCAGCUGCAAGUGUCUGCUUUACACAAGGAAAUAGAAAACCUGAACAGAUCCCAGAAACAAGCAGCAGCUGUCCACGGCACUGUGGAGGUUCGUCUGAACAGAGCCUUGGAGGAAGGGGAGAAGUUAAAGACUCAACUGAACAAAAUGAAACAGAUGAACAAGGACAAGAAAAGCGAGGAACAUCAGAGUAAAGAAAAUCUUAUUGCUGAAAACAAAAUGCUAAAAAAACAGAAAGCAGAGCUAAUCGUGGGUUUCAAGAAACAGCUCAAACUGAUUGACGUUCUCAAAAGACAAAAGAUGCAUUUUGAAGCUGCCAAGCUGCUGUCGUUCACAGAAGACGAGUUCAUGAAAGCUCUAGACUGGGGGAAGUCAUAGACGAAGAGUCAAAGACAUCAGUUAACUGUCUUUCAGAAUGUGAUCAGUAUGACAAUAAAAAAGUUUAGAGUUUGAAUUCAA